CGACACUUGCGGCAGCCGUGGUGGCCGCGGCCAGUCCCGUCAGCUGAUUUCCAGCGGCGGCUGCGUUGAGCCCCGGCGGAGGGGCGAGCAGGAAGCGGAGCCGGCGAGGGCGGUCGCGGAGGCUCAAGGCGACCUUCUUGCAGCAGGAGGAGACGCGGGAGGGUGCUCCCCGCGGACGAAGCAGGCGUGAACCCAUAAUGGCGGGCAACAGUUUGGUCCUGCCAGUCGUGCUGUGGGGACGCAAAGCUCCUACUCACUGUGUAUCCACUACGCUAUUAAUGGAUGAUGUUUCUAUGAUCAUCACAGGAUGUCACGAUGGGCAGAUAUGUCUAUGGGAUCUCUCUUCUGAUUUAGAAAUUUAUCCUAGAGCUUUGUUAUUUGGUCAUACAGCAUCAAUCACUUGUUUAUCCAAAGCCAGUUCUUCAAGUGAAAAACAGUAUAUAGUGAGUGCAUCUGAAAGCGGAGAAAUGUGCCUUUGGGAUGUGAACGAUGGAAGGUGCAUUGAAUUUACAAAAUUAGCCUGCACUCAUACUGGCAUACAGUUCUAUCAAUUCACAGUCGGGACUCAGCGUGAAGGGAGAUUGUUGUGUCAUGGCCAUUAUCCAGAAAUUCUUGUUGUGGAUGCUACCAGCCUUGAAGUUCUUUAUUCCUUGGUGUCGAAGAUUUCUAAGGACUGGAUCAGUUCUAUGAGCAUUAUUCGAUCUCAUAGAACACAAGAGGACACUGUUGUAGCAGUAUCUGUGGCUGGCAUUCUUAAAGUAUGGAUUGUAACUUCUGAACUGAGUCACAUACAGGAUACGGAACCAAUCUUUGAAGAGGAAUCUAAACCGAUUUACUGUCAGAACUGCCAGAGCAUUUCCUUCUGUGCAUUUACCCAAAGAUCACUUUUGGUAGUUUGUUCUAAAUACUGGAGGGUCUUUGAUGCUGGAGAUUAUUCCUUAUUGUUCUCAGUCCCAAGUGAAAAUGGACAGACAUGGACAGGAGGUGAUUUUGUGUCAGCAGACAAAGUGAUAAUAUGGACUGAAGAUGGACAAAGUUUUAUAUAUAAACUGCCAGCCAGUUGCUUACCAGCUAGCAAGACAUUUCGAAGUGAUGUUGGAAAAAUGAUUGAAAACCUCAGUCCUCCUCAACUCUACUGUACUAUAGACCAAAGAGAGCAGAAAGCAGACAAACAGUUAUUAAUCUGCCCUCCUGUCACUCAAUUCUUCUAUGGACGUAGGGAGUGUUUCCAUAAAUUACUAAUCCAGGGAGACUCUUCAGGGAGGCUCACCAUUUGGAAUAUUCCAGAUUCACUUGACAAGGAAAAUAUGACUGAAGGAUUGCCGGUUACUACGACUAUUUCUCUACAAGAAGCGUUUAGCAAACUUCACCCGGCUGGUAUUAUAGACCAGCUGAGUUUCAUCCCAAAUAGUGACGAGCCUUUGAAGGUGACGGCAAGUGUCUACAUCCCAGCACACGGGCGACUGGUGUGUGGACGUGAAGACGGAAGUAUUGUGAUCGUUCCAGCCACUCAGACUGCCAUAGUUCAGCUUUUGCAAGAUGAACACAUGUGCAGAAGAGGUUGGCCACCUCACAGAACUCUGCGGGGUCAUCGAAACAAAGUCACCUGUUUGCUGUAUCCUCACCAGGUCUCCUCUCGUUACGAUCAAAGAUACCUGGUCUCAGGUGGUGUAGAUUUUUCGGUCAUUAUCUGGGACAUCUUUUCUGGAGAAAUGAAGCACAUCUUCUGUGUGCAUGGUGGAGAAAUCACUCAGCUUUUGGUUCCUCCAGAAAAUUGCAGUUCAAGAGUGCAGCACUGCGUGUGUUCUGUGGCCAGUGACCACUCAGUAGGACUUCUAAGUUUACGUGAAAAGAAGUGCAUCAUGUUAGCUUCCCGGCACCUUUUUCCUAUUCAAAACAUAAAGUGGAGACCUUCGGAUGACUAUCUCAUUGUGGGCUGUACAGAUGGUUCUGUAUAUGUAUGGCAAAUGGAUACUGGCGCACUUGACCGAUGUGUAAUGGGAAUAACGGCAGUUGAGAUCCUGAAUGCUUGUGAUGAAGCUGUACCCGCUGCAGUUGAUUCUCUCAGCCAUCCAGCUGUCAACUUAAAGCAGGCUAUGACCAGACGUAGCCUCGCUGCGCUAAAAAAUGUGGCUCAUCAGAAACUUCAGACCCUCGCUACGAAUCUGUUGGCAUCUGAUUCCUCUGAUAAAGGAAAUUUGCCAAAAUAUUCACACAACUCUCUGAUGGUUCAAGCCCUGAAGACCAACUUAACAGACCCAGAUGUCCAUAUUCUCUUCUUUGAUGUGGAAGCUCUGAUUAUUCAGUUACUAACUGAGGAAGCCUCAAGGCCUAACACAGCCCUUAUUUCCCCUGAGAAUUUACAGAAAGCAUCUGGCAGCUCUGACAAAGGAAGUCCCUUCCUGGCUGGCAAACGAGCCGCAGUCCUGCUUCAGCAGGUCAAAGAAACCGUCAAAGAAACCAUCAAAGAAAACAUAAAAGAACGUCUUUUUGACGAAGACGAUGAGGAUGAGGAAGCCAGACAAAGAAGAGAGGACGGUGACCCCGAAUACCGGUCCAGCAAAUCAAAGCCAUUAACUCUCUUAGAAUAUAACCUAACUAUGGACACAGCCAAGCUGUUUAUGUCGUGCCUUCACGCUUGGGGGUUGAAUAAUGUUCUGGAUGAACUUUGCAGUGAGCGUCUAGGGAUGUUGAGGCCUCAUCGUUCUGUCUCUUUUGGCUUGCUUUCAAGAGGCGGCCACAUGUCUUUGAUGUUGCCAGGGUAUCAUAAGCCUGUAGACCAGGUACCCUCUAGUGAUAGAACAGAGAUAGCAAAGCCCGACCCUCUGACAGAGCGACACAUCAGGGGGACGUACGGCAUUUCACGUGCAGUAACAACCCAACACCUCCUCUCCAUCAUCUCCCUGGCAAACACCUUGAUGAGCAUGACCAAUGCAACUUUUAUUGGAGAGCAUAUGAAAAAGGGGCCAGCCAGGCCACCUAGACCAGGGACUCCUGACCUUGGAAGAGUGAAGACUUCUACUCCACUUGCUAGUCCAACAGCACAAGGAUUGAUUAAACAAGGAUGGAGUCAGCUCGCUGCUAUGCAUUGUGUUAUGCUACCUGACCUGUUGGGCCUGGAUCAAUUUAGACCACCUCUCCUUGAAAUGUUGGCUCGUAGAUGGCAAGAUCGAUGCUUGGAGGUAAGAGAAGCUGCACAAGCCUUACUAUUAGCAGAGCUGAGGAGAAUUGAACAGGCGGGCAGGAAGGAAGCCAUUGAUACCUGGGCUCCUUAUUUACCCCAGUAUAUGGACAGUGUUAUAUCACCUGGAGUGACUGCAGAAACCAUUCAGACGGUUAAUAUUACUCCUGAACAAUCAGGACCUGAAACCAAAAUUCAAGAAGAAGAACAUGAUCUGGUUGAUGAGGACAUCUCAGCAGGUACGCUGUCUGGACUUCCACAAAUUAAAAAAAUAUCAUUGUCAUACGAAGAGAGGCGGAAGCAAGCUACCGCCAUUGUUCUGCUGGGAGUCAUCGGAGCAGAGUUUGGGGCAGAAAUCGAACCUCCGAAGUUGCUAACCAGACCACGCAGUUCUAGCCAAAUUCCAGAAGGUUUCGGCUCAACAAGUGGCGGAUCCAACUAUUCCUUGGCAAGGCACACUUGCAAAGCUUUGACCUAUCUUCUGCUGCAACCUCCCAGUCCGAAGCUUCCUCCUCACAGCACCAUUCGAAGAACCGCCAUUGAUCUCAUAGGAAGAGGGUUUACAGUAUGGGAGCCUUAUAUGGAUGUGUCCGCUGUGCUGAUGGGCCUUUUGGAACUCUGUGCAGAUGCCGAAAAGCAACUUUCCAGGUAUGGACAAAGCAGUGAAUAUAAGAAAAACCAAUACAGCAUCAAAAUGGGGCUGCCUCUGAGUCCAGCAGCGGAUUCCGCCCGCUCUGCACGACACGCUCUCUCUCUCAUUGCCACGGCCAGGCCACCCGCUUUCAUCACCACUAUUGCCAAGGAGGUACACAGGCAUACUGCUCUUCAAGCUAAUACACAAUCUCAACAAAAUAUUCAUACCACCACCUUGGCUCGAGCAAAGGGAGAAAUUCUGAGGGUUAUUGAAAUCCUUAUUGAAAAAAUGCCAACAGAUGUUGUGGAUCUCCUUGUAGAGGUAAUGGACAUCAUCAUGUAUUGUCUUGAAGGCUCAUUAGUCAAGAAGAAGGGACUGCAGGAGUGCUUUCCAGCUAUCUGCAGGUUCUACAUGGUCAGCUAUUACGAGCGGAGUCAUCGAAUAGCAGUUGGAUCUCGCCAUGGUUCAGUGGCCCUCUAUGACAUCCGGACUGGAAAAUGUCAGACAAUUCAUGGCCAUAAAGGGGCAAUAACAGCAGUGGCUUUCGCACCCGAUGGUCGGUACCUUGCCACUUACUCCAACACUGAUAGUCACAUUUCCUUCUGGCAGAUGAACACCUCUCUUUUGGGAAGCAUCGGGAUGCUGAAUUCUGCACCGCAGCUCCGUUGUAUUAAAACCUACCAGGUGCCUCCAGUCCAGCCUGCAUCUCCAGGUUCACAUAAUGCCCUCAAACUGGUCAGGCUUAUCUGGACUUCGAACCGCAAUGUUAUCCUGAUGGCCCACGAUGGCAAAGAACAUCGAUUUGUGGUGUAAAGUCAGGGUGUGUGAAAGAGGCUUCUUCCCCCCCACAACCCACCAACCCCAGUUCUCAGUACAAAUGUGUCUUGAAAGUUCUUGUAAAUUGAUUCUACCCUCUUUAUGAUCUUAAUAUUGGAGGUAUUAAAUACCCAAAGAUUUAUGGACCAGGAUUGGCCAGGCAAUAUACGUUCUCCUUGCUUCUGCAUAGCUCCUUUAGAGCAGUGUUUCUUAACCUUGGCAACUUUAAAAUACAUAGACUUCAACUCCCAGAAUUCCCCCGCCAGUUGGCUAGAGAAUUCUGGGAAUUGGAAGUCCACGCAUCUUAAAAUUGCCAAGAGAACUUUAAUUUUAGAGAAAUGCAAACCCAUUCAGCAAUUAGAACAUCUUGCAAGAGUUUUCUCUUUAUCGCUACGAGAAGGAAAAAAAAUAAAACAGGAGAAUUGAGAAUGUAACUUGAGUCUGGCUAGAUUGGUGAGAAUCUUGGUUUCUACUGACUUUGAGAAAGAAAAUCACUUUC